AUGGAAUCUGGCAGAAGGGGAUGGAAUCUGGAAGAAGGGGAUGGAAUUUGGGAGAAGGGGAUGGAAUCUAGGAGAAGGGGAUGGAAUCUGAAAGAAGGGGAUGGAAUCUGGGUGAAGGGGAUGGAAUCGGGGAGAAGGGGAUGGAAUUUGGAAGAAGGUGGUGGAAUCUGGGAGAAGGAGAUAGAAUCUGGGAGAAGGGAAUGGAAUCUAGGAGAAGGGGAUGGAGUCUGGGAGGGCAGGAUGGAAUCUGGGAGAAGGGGAUGGAAUCUGGGAGAAGGGGAUGGAAUCUGGGAGAAGGGGAUGGAAUCUGGGAGGAGAAGGGGAUGGAAUCUGGGAGAAGGGGAUGGAAUCUGGGAGAAGGGGAUGGAAUAUGGGAGAAGGGGAUGGAAUCUGGGAGAAGGGGAUGGAAUCUGGGAAAAGGGGAUAGAAUCAGGGAGAAGGGGAUGUAAUCUGGGAGAAGGGGAUGGAAUCUGGGAGAAGGGGAUGGAAUCUGGGAGAAGGGGAUGGAAUCUGGGAGAAGGGGAUGGAAUCUGGAAGAAGGGGAUGGAAUUUGGGAGAAGGGGAUGGAAUCUGGGAGAAGGGGAUGGAAUCUGGAAGAAGGGGGUGGAAUCUGGGAGAAGGGGAUGGAAUGAGGGAGAAGGGGAUGGAAUCGGGGAGAAGGGGAUGGAGUCAGGGAGAAGGGGAUGGAAUCUGGGAGAAGGGGAUGGAAUCUGGGAGAAGGGGAUGGAAUCUGGGAGAAGGGGAUGGAAUCUGGGAGAUGGGGAUGGAGUCUGGGAGAAGGGGAUGGAAUUUGGGAGAAGGGGAUGGAAUCUGGGAGAAGGGGAUGGAAUCAGGGAGAAGGGGAUGGAAUCUGGGAGAAGGGGAUGGAAUCUGGGAGAAGGGCAUGGAAUCUGGGAGAAGGGGAUGGAAUCUGUGAGAAGGGGAUGGAAUCUGGGAGAAGGGGAUGGAAUAUGGGAGAAGGGGAUGGAAUCUAGGAGAAGGGGAUGGAAUCUGGGAGAAGGGAAUGGAAUCUGGGAGAAGGGGAUGGAAUCCGGGAGAAGGGGAUGGAAUCGGGGAGAAGGGGAUGGAAUUAGGGAGGAGGGGAUGGAAGCUGGGAGAAGGGGAUGGAAUCUGGGAGAAGGGGAUGGAAUCUGGGAGAAGGGGAUGGAAUCUGGGAGAAGGGGAUGGAAUCUGGGAGAAGGGGCUGGAAUCUGGGAGAAGGGGGUGGCGUCUGGGAGAAGGAGAUGGAAUGAGGGAGAAAGGGAUGGAAUCUGGGACAAGGGGAUAGAAUCUGGGAGAAGGGGAUGGAAUCUGGGAGAAGGGGAUGGAGUCUGGGAGGGCGGGAUGGAACCUGGGAGAAGGGGAUAG